UAGACUUCAGUUGGAAAGUGACACACUGGCGGCUGGCGCGCUUUGGAAGGUUCACCAAGAGGAGGCAGAGUUAACAUUAGCUUUGAACUAGUAUUAUGGGAGUUUUUUCAAAUAAGAAGAAAAUCCGAAGUGUGGGAAGUGCGACACACUCCCAGAUGCUGUUGUGGGAUUCAAAGAUGGUUCAUUGUUGGGCCAGAUUUUCAUUUAAGGAAUAUUUGGUUCUUGCUAUUUUAUUGACUGGAAUUCAGACCGUGUGUGCUGAAUCUGAUGAUGGAAGUCAGAAUUUUAUUCGGUGUUUUAAUGAUACUGGCAGACAUCGACUAUACUUGGGUUUAGAAGAUUUGGUAGUGGAUUGCAUGUUGGUCACUAAUUCAAAAUCAAGUCGGCAGUCUCAGUACCAGCUUAACCUGUAUGCUGCAGCCGGAUUGCUACCCAAGAUCGAGAUCUCCAAUCGCACCAAUGUCUUAUCCUUCACAUUUGAAUUAAACAUGAAUACAACCACAUGGCGUGCCACUGUGCCAAGACACAACAUAACCAUCAUGACAGAGAUCGCCCCCGUGGACCAAUGGUAUUUUGAGAUUAGCAUGUUCCAUGGCUUUGAAGCGCUAAAUGCGAAAGCUAAGCUGCUUGAGACGCUGAAGGGAACACUGCUGGACGUGGCCCGAGAGCCAAUUCUUCAGUGGACCAUCGGUGAAGAGCUUUCACCGCAGUCUAUCAAACCACAUGAGCCUCUUAUCACCAAAAUACGGGUUACCCAGAGUCCAUGUGCCAGUGAUGUGGCUGUAAUGGCACCCAUUUUCCGAACAGGAGGACACACAGGAGUUAUUCUUAGUGUUACCAAUUCAGCAUUCACAUCCAGUGGCAGAUGGUUCAACGUUACCACAACUUUGUGUGGUUUGAUCAAUGAUUUGUGUACAUCAGGAUGCACCGGCAUAUCCAUUGUGGACCUGAAGCUGACCAACUGUUACUUGUUCCUGCUGACCAAUAGGGGACUCUUCAUCAGCCAGGAUCUGUUGUCUCCACCUACAGAGCCUCUGAAAUUCUCAUUGCUGUUCCUCCCAGCUCUGGCACAGAUGGACUACACCACAACAACCCUUUGGUUCUCACCCCAGUGUGUCACCAAUCGCUUAUACUUUGCUGGUGACUUCGUAAGCCUGAUCUCAAACGAGGGAGCGGGGAACCAGCUGCACUCAAGGUGUGUAUAUAGUGGCUACCCCUUCACUGAGUGGCAUGACUGCAAGGCCUCUGCGGUGGAACGGAACAAGAACGUCACCCAUCGCUACCUGUCCUUUGUGCAUGACCGAUAUCAGCAUACAGGACUGCUGGUGUCACAUUCAGAGGAGGAGGGGGGCAUGUUGUCUGUAUUCAACCUUCAGAGGGAUGGCCUGAAGAACCUGACCAAGUUCUCUCCUGCCAAGAUAUCGCUAAGAUUCCGGCCAAAUGGGAUUUUCCUUAGAGAAAACCAUGUCAUCUUUUAUGGCAAUGAGGUGUGGUUGUCCUCAGACCGAGGCUUUAGCUUUACGAAAGCAAGCUUCACCUUGUACGGCGAUGCGGUAAAGGAAGUGGUGAGCUGCACCUACAACAGUUCAGUGCUGCUCCUGACCGCAAAGGGCAUUAUUUUUCUCUUGAAACCAGAUCUGAUGAGGUUUGCCCAUUUGAACGAGCGCAUAGACCAUCAGACCGCCUUGCUAUGCGAUCACAUGGGAGUGGUAAUGGCUAUCAAGGUGAAUUCCACUCAACAAAGCAGCCUGAGUUACAGGGUCAUCUCCAUCAAACAACUAAUCCAGGAGAGUGGUUUGGGCUUUAACAGGCCAAUUGUCAUUCAGUACACCAGGCCCUCGUCAGUCUUACUGCAUGAGUAUAAGGAGGGAUAUACUCCCAAUCUUUCUCCUAGCUACGUGGGCAAAAUCUUCAGUCUCAGUUCGGGGGGAAAAGUGGUCAUCACAGCUGUAGGCCAGCAGCAUUUCGUCCCUGGUUAUCUUGCCUUUGCCGAAGGAGAAGUCAUUGAAACACUCCGAGCUCCCAGUACACAUGCUGAGCCUUUGCAAAGCGAUGAUCUGCUGCUUCAGAAUUUAAAGGAUUCCUGGGUCCUCAUGAAGUCACGCAACGAAAGCCUGAAAUUUGACUGGCGGCACGUGGGCAUGUCAGUGGUGUGCCCCGGCAAGACCAGCUUCCUCAUCCAGCACCUGCAUAGGGAUGGCAGUGCUUAUGGAAAGAUGUGCAUGCCUGCGCUGGCCCACAAUAACAUCCUAAAAGCUCACACCUGGCUGUUCCUUGAAGCAAAAGGCUGGAACAGCUGGUCCUUGUACGAGGGGCCAUGCCGCCACAAGCUGCAGUCACUGGACAACCUGCGUCGGAACUCGCUUGUGCGCAUCAACGUGCGUGAGACACUCAGCUUCACCUUCAAGGCCUACAUGUCAGACUACUCUCUCUCCAUGACCCGCAAUAAGAAGCUCAUGAUGGUGAUCCUGACCAACCCCAAUGCCAUGAGGGUGAACGCCCGACACUACUGGGACAAAGCCAACAACCACAUGCUCAACCUCACCAUCUACAGCCACCUCUGCAAGAAGGCCAUGACCAUGGUGACGGUGUUCAUUCCGGAUGCGUCUCUGCAGUGUGACUUGCCCAGCUUCACCUUCACCCUGCAGAACGCCUGUCCUGAGGGCCUCAGCAUAGUCUACCUACCCAGCCAGCCCAUCAGCGACUAUGAGUGGAUCCAUGGAGACCCCGUGGACAACCUUGAAAACAAGUUGCUGUUCGACUUGCCUGUGAAUUAUAGGCCUCCGUCCCAGCUGGGUGUGUUGAUUCCAACAUCGGAGAACAUCUACAAUGCAGAUCCCAGCCAGCAAUACCAACGCCAGCACUACCCCGUGUCCAAGGCCUCUGGCCACUAUAAACAGUGUGCUGGAAAGGUAUCUGCGGAGGAGUGUGGCUGUACCGAUGGCCUCAGGGUCUCUCCCCUCGCCAUCAACUCUGACUGCAGGAUGAGGGUGCUAAGAAAGAUGUAUCCUCUGACCAACUUCAACAUCACACUGUACCUCAGACGCACCAACCGGCCUAACCAGCCACUGCGUUCCCCAUAUUUUGUCACGGUGACGGAGGUCAACAAUCGAACCAACUGGGCUGUCACAGGGACCCACAUAACCCCGACUCUGGUGAAGAUGAGGCAGUACUUCAGUCAGCUCAAUCAGACAGUCUACAACUCUGAGGGCCUGCAGAUCAGCUGUUACGGCUCAGAACUCUUUCACUUCCGCAUCGCCGUCAUACCUGGAGUCGUGCUCUGUGACCUGGUGGAGGAGGUGCAGAUCUAUGUGGACAAGGCUCCCUUGGCCUUCCCGGCAGCUUACCUCAUCAGCUGCAUGACGGCCAUUGCACUGGGGGGCUUCCUGCUGCUCGGGUUCCUGCUCCGCAACGUCACUCCACCAACCACCAGCAGUGUGAAGGCCUUCCUGACAUCAGACAGAGCCAAGGUGGCUCCAGCAGAGAAGGAGACCGAGAACUAGAAUGCAGGAGCCUCCAUCCCUGAUGGUGUUUUGUAUGAUUAAUGUGGUUACAUGUUCAUAUGUACUUUCAAGUUUAGAUCAGUGAGUCUGUACAUUUAAAGUUUGGGCUCCUGCCGAGGAUUUAUCGUUUUUGUACAAAUUAAGUUCAUGUUUAAAAUCAUACUUGAAAGAAAUGUCAAGGACUCCCAUUACUGUUUGACAUACUGUAUGCAUUAGUAAACUUGUAUCGAUUCCUUUGAUGGAAAGAGGCUGCUGAAGCCAAAUAAAUUAUUUUGCUCUUUCAA